AUGUCCGAAAUAUUCACCGUCGAAGGAGCUUUCCAGCUCUCCCUCUCCAACCUUACACAAUUGACUGUAGGGAGAACAUCAAAUAUUAUUGUUAGCAGCCCCUCUCACAGCGAGCCAAGACUCGCAUCUGCUUGGAUUAUACCUGUGGACGAUGCCAUCUUCCGCGAUGACUCCGAAAUGCUAAGCGUGGAGAAACCUCGUUUUCGUGAUCAGCAUAAAGAACACCGGGUAGACCUCUGGGUAACCGAGCAUGGCACUGGAGCCCCGCGACGCGCUCUGAGGAGCAAACUGUGUCACUGGCUGAGAGGUUCUGUUUAUAACAUCAAUGGUGGACGAGAAGGUGGGUCCUUCGGCAAGUGGCAAGAUGAUGGUGAUGCGGAUGACGGAUAA